GUUGAUAUUUUCAUACCUCAAUGCAAGAGAAUGAAUCUGCUACAAUUCAUGAGAGAAAUAGAGAGAUACUUAUCGCUCGAUAGAAAUUCCGAUACCAAAAUCUCUGGCUAACGAAGAAAAUGGUCUAUAUCUUUUCUUCUCCUUCAUUCAUGAAUAUAGCACGGAGAAAAGAUGACGAUGCGUAGACGUUUUAUGUGAAAAGGGAAUUAAAUGUUAAAUUGGACGUAAAUCGUCGGGAAAUUCUAAUAAAACUACUCAUUUGAGGAGAAAAAAAUAUUGAAUGAAAAAUGUAAAAACAGCAGAAGAAAAAACAACAGAAUAUUACAAUUAUUAUGAAGACUUUUGGAAAAUAAAACUAAAAAUAAAAAUUACUUUUUGUGCAUUUAUAUAGGAGUAUUUGUACAUAUUUUAUGUGUUUAAAAUAUGAGGUGGUUGUGUAUGGAUCUUGUAAAUGUUACCAUUAUAAAUUAUACGUAUCUCUCCAUAUUAUAAGUGGAACAGCAACUAAAUCAACAAAAAAGAUAUUAACACAAUAGCUCCAUAGGUUGACUUUGCUUUUGUCGUUUUAAAAUAAUUUGAACAGUGCAAUGGAAAUAAUAGCUUUUCGUAAUAUAAAACAUAGCUUUGUAAACUUGUUAACGUAUUUUAAGCAGUCAAUAUAUUCAUACAUUUAUAUGUUGACCAAAACAAUGCAUUAGAUGUUAAGAUUAGAUUCGGGAAAUGCAUGUUGCAGCACGCACGUAAAUCAUCUUAACGUUCACAUUUCUAUAUGAGGAUUAUCUUAUAUUUAAAACAUACAGGGAUAUAUUUGUAAAAACAUAAUAACAGGAAUUCUUAAACUUAACCUGAGUUUUGCUUAAAUGCAAGCGAAUUAAAAAAAUUCUAACAUUAACACUUAUCGUUAUAAACAAAUACACCAUAGUUUAAAUGUUUGGGAUGAAAGAAUACAUGCACGUGUAAAGAAAGACUAAAUAAGUAUGCUUGGAUGGAUAUUGUGUUAUGUUUGGAAUCUGAUAAUAUUGUGUUUAUAAUUAAUUUGCCAUAAGAAACCAGAUGUUAAGAAUUAUACUCGUUACAUUAUUUUGAUCAGUUAUCAUCAUAAUAAAAUAUGUUAACUAUGUCUGAUGAUUAUAUAACAACUAUAAGACAGAAAAAACAAAAAACAAUAGUUCACUGAUGUUGUAAAGAUUUUGAAAAAAGUUACAUGAAUAAUUUCUACAUGACAUUUACUGCAAUGAACUCGAGAAAUUCAGUAGAGAUACUUCAUCCAAAUUCUACAACGGAUUUUUUCUCAAUUACGGAUAAUGAUUUGGAAUAUUUAUUCAGCAAUUUGUCGAAUACGUCAUUAUCACCGGAAUUAGACUCAGGUCGGGAUUUAUGGCGAGAAAUUCCGCUUGGUAUUGUUUUAACAUUUUUAUGCCUUUUAACAACUGUUGGCAACGCAAUGGUGUUACAUGCAGUAAGGACUGAGCGACGUCUUCAGUCGGUCAGCAACAUGUUCAUAGUGUCUUUAGCGAUUGCUGAUCUAACUGUUGGACUCUUUGUAAUGCCAAUAAGCACUGUGUAUAUUUUCACACAUGAUUGGCUUUUUGGUGUUGCUGUCUGUCAGAUAUGGAUAGGCAUUGAUUAUACAGCCAGUACAGCGUCGAUUUUGAAUUUAUUCAUAUUGAGUCUAGAUCGAUAUUGGUCUGUUACAUCACCAUUGAAAUAUAUCAGGAAAAGAACUAAGAAACGAGCAGUUUUAAUGAUAACCGGAGCUUGGCUCCUGUCAUCACUUUGGAUCAUUCCUAUUGCCGGUUGGCAUCAUUUCUUUCAUGGAGGAACAAGGACUGUGCCAGCAGAUGUAUGCGACACAGAAUAUGCCAAAAAUAGCGCCUUGAAAGUGAUUACGGCUUUCUUUAAUUUUUACCUCCCUCUUGCUGUAAUGUAUGCCCUUUAUUUCAAAAUAUUUCAAGAGAUCAGAAAACGCUCUGAAAUGGAACUCGGGCAGAGAAAUGUGAAAAGUUUAAACUCGUACGUAUCAACAAUGACCUCGUGCCAUGAUGACCUCUCUUUUAGUGACCAAAAUGUAGAUACCAAUUCUGAAAAUAACAGCGUUAUUGACUCACUUCAUAUAACCAAUAAUGCAACGGACAUAUGUGCAUAUAAAAUGACAAAUUUAAAACCAAAACGUAACUGUAAAGGGUAUUUUGUGACCAAAUUUUUGAAGAAUAAUAAAAGGCAUGAUAAAUCAAGGAAAAUUCAAAGGCAAAAACCUGAACUCGAAAACAACACAAAUUCUAAAAAGUGUAAGGUAGAGUACGUUUAUGAUGAAAACGUCAUAGAUCCUGAAACUGAAAAAGUGGAAAGAUACUUUUAUGAAGAAUUUACUGCCUCCAGACCAGCUCAGAAACCUAAUCACAUUUUAGUUCGAAAUAGUAGCAACAUAUCAGGCGACCUAUCAGUGUCUUCACCAAGUACUCCUAUCAGUUCGUGUUCCAGUUCAGAGGACAAACGGGUCAGGGCUAAAGAAAAAUAUUCUUUGAUGAGUGGACUUCGUAGAAUACGGGAAGCAGAAACAAUUAUUGACACAACUGUUUCAGCGACUUGUAAGAAAAACAACUCGCGGAAUGCUUUUGUUUUUCGCGACGAACGGAGUAGCAGACGACAAUCAAAUAUGUUUAACUUCAAAAACAGGAUCAAAACUAUACGCCAAAGUUCUGCCUUGACAAAAGAAAUAAAGGCGGCACGACAACUUGGUGUUAUAAUGGGGGCAUUUACUUUAUGCUUCCUACCAUAUUUUAUCUUAUUCCUGGUUGUGGCAUUCUGUGAUGGUUGUAUUGAUCAAGGAUUAUUAUUAGCGAUGACAUGGGUGGGUUACCUAAAUUCCACUCUGAAUCCGUUUUUAUAUCCUCUAUGUAAUGCGAAUUUUAGACGUAAAUUUAGGAUAAUGCUUGGUAUCAAAUCAAAACGUGCCAGGUAUAGAAAACGAGAUUGUUAUGACAGAAAUAGUCUUACAACAGCAAGAUACGACUGAGACAUUUGAAGAAGAGAAGGGAAAUAUUUAUUUUGGAAUAAUUUAUUGCUGUUGUCUAUAGAUAUGUCUUUAUUUUCAUACUUUACGUUAAUGAAAUACUAUUGAAUUCACUAUUUCAGAAAGCACAAAAAUAAAAACAUUAUUAAAGAGGUAUAAAUACAUUCAAAUAUAAAUAAAGAAAGUUAAAGCUUUCUUAAUAUCCGUGCAAUGUUCCGGUUUUUUAUGUCUUCAUUUUUUCAUUUCUUUUCAAAAAUAUUUUAAUAACAAUAAAACUAAAAGGAAAAAAAUGAAUGUUAAAUGAAUUAUUUACUUUACAACUUCAAUACUUUUAAAAUACAAAUAUGUUGCUAAAAGCUAAAAAUGGCGAAGUACAAUUAUCAAUUUAAAAUAAAAUAAAGUUAAAGGUCAGUAAAUUGUUAUAAAUAACUUUUAUAUAUUUCUUUCAGAAUUUCUUUUUCCAUAUAUGAUAUGAGCAUUACUUGAAAUAUCACAUCACUUGAUACUUAAGUUCAUUGAUCUGUUAUUCUAUUUUUGUAAAAUAAUUGGAAAUAUACAAUUGAUAAUUCAAUGUCUUUUGACUUAUAAAUGGAUG